AGAAGGAAGGUAGAGGUGGGAGGGAAGGAGGGAGGGCGGGAGAGGAACACGCGUGGACCGUGAAAGACUUCGUGACUCGUCCCUUGCGGUGGCCGUCAGUUUCUCGGCAGCGGUUCUUGGUGUCGCUUCAGCCGUGUGCCUCGUCUUGCGUGCCACGGUUUCUACUUGCAUUGUUUACGAGAUAAAUCAUGAAGUGAAAGUGUUGUUAUCAAGAUCAACACUCUGGUAUUGGCGGACCAAGUGUUCGUGUGCGUCGGUCUGAAAAAAAGUUACUGGACCCUGCGUUGGUCGUGACGCUGCAGCAUCUGUGGGCUGCGGCCGGCCAUGGCGUAUCUCCGGCGGUACCUUCUGCUGCUACUACUUCCAGCAUACUCGUGCGCCAGGUUCUACAUUGGACGCUAUAAAACUGUAGCCUCAUCCGACAGCGUCAGCCAGGCGAGGAGUCUGCCGUAUAUUGUGUAUCCCGGAGAGGCGGGCAGUGAGGCUCUGGCCUUCGACCAACACACGCAAAGGCAGUGGCGCGUGGAACGUCCGCCGAAUCGCCUUGGCCACUUAGAACCAGCAGGUGCCUUCGGCCUCACCAACAACUACGGCAAUGAUCCCUACGACGGCUACACCCUUGUGCACAAAGACGAGGUGAAGUACGUGGUGCCGCCCUUCACUCCGGGUGGUCGAGUCCAUGUUGCUUUCCAGUUUUGGAUUCCCAUCAGCAUUGGCGGGUUCUCUGUGACGGGCCGAGAUCUGGAGAACGCCCUCAGGUCUUCUAACCCUACGGCCUACAUCACCUCACUCUUCCUCAAACAUCUGUCUGCCAAUACUACAGCCGGCGAGCUGCUGGGCGAGGUGGAGGCACCAGUAGUAGAGGCAGCGAUCGAAAGAUUCCUAGACUGGGUGGUGCCUCACCUCCAUCAUUUUAUAGGCAGCAACACCAAUGCACUAAACACUUUAACGCCAACGAGUGACAAGAAAAGGCACAAGACGAGAAAAAACAAGAGAAGUUUAGUUCAGAAAGCGGGCAGGAAGCGGCGGGCGAUAUCUUCCUUCUUCAGUCAGGAACAGGACGAAGAGAACCGCAUAAUAAAAAGAGAUUUAAACUACAAUCAUGACUACCUCACCCCCACAGCAGACUACUCCAAUGAAAAGAAAACCAGACACUCUACAAGCAACCUAUCGCCUGAUGACGGUAAUAUACAUAGAGAACACAAGAUAGAGAAGAAAAGCCUCGAUGCGGCUGCCGACUUCACUGAAGUUAAAAAAGAGAGCCACGUGCAGGACGCAAGAAGUCAUUUGGCCCCGCGUUUGGGAGACCACCGCAACAAAAGGCAGGUGCGUGAUUUCUCUGACGGCUGGGUGACCAUUGGCGGAGGCAAGGAACGCGACACUACGAACCCCGCGGCCCCGCUCAUGACUCGGCUGCCGGUGUGGCCGCCUUCUCGGCCGGGUCGAGUGCAGAACGACCGGCUGCUGUGGGAUGGCGACCAGCCCGUAAUAACUCACAACAAUUUGAGUAUGGAGCAAGAUAAACAACCAAGUGUCGACUUCACAUCACCAAUCGACCACCCUUCCUCACGCCCUAGCCCGACUUCCUCCUCCUUAAAUUGGUCUUCAUUUACCACACGUCCCCCACACCGCCCUUUACCCUCACAUCCUUCUCAGACGCCGACCUCUCAACCCACCGACUACAGGCCUUCCUCUUCUUCUUACCCCUCCUCUUCCUCCUCUUCCUCAAGACCUAUUGAACUUAAGCCUCCAUUCCUUCUUAGUUCCUUCGACGACCUUCCGUCCCUCGCUCCACUUGACUCCAAGGCACUCGACGUGAGAAAUCGUCUGUCUCGCCUCGACUACCUGUUCACCAACCUGCACCUGGAGCACGAGGACUGCCGGCGGAGGGUGCUGUGUGAGGUGGCCCUGGACCGUGACACCUUCGACCCGCUCUCUAGCAUGAUUCAUGAUGAGACAAGACUCCCAGGGAAUCCAGUGGAGGUUAGUCGAGAACUUCUCAACACAGCUGAAGGUUCCAGGCUCCUGUCCUAUGUUGAGGCUGUCAAGGUUGGGGAGGACAGAGCCAACGCGUGUGACUUGUACCGGUACCGCUGCCGCGUGCAAGCCCGCCAGGUGAUCAACACGGACAUACUACCCAUCUGGAGGGAGGUGGUGCGCUGGCUCACAGUCAAGGUCCUCACACAAAACUCAUCUAGACAGAGUGAAAAUCUUGGCGUAUACUGAUAUAACUAUCGUGAUAUGUGAAUUACUGAUGUUGAGUUAUAUUGUGACAUUCUGUAUUUUUGUUUUCUUUCAUGUAUUGACAGGCUUCUUUGGUGAUGAUGAGAACAUAAUAAAGAGUUUCUAAUGCCUACAAAAUAACAAUAAUUGGUCAGUGCAAGCGGAGAGCGAUGGAUUAGCAAUGGGCAUCGAGGAGGGCACAGUAUAUUUGUCAUUGAGGGGUUAUUUGUUGUUUCCACAAGCUACUGAAGUGUCCAAACGAUAAUGUAGUAUUGAUAAUUUGAAAUAGUGAAAUGUAUAUAUAUGAUGUUAUGAGGUUUUGAGUGCACGGAAGCAAUCAUUAAUAGAUAAGAAGGCGAAAUUAGGAAUAAUGGCUUAAUGGGAAGAUGGCAGAUAGAAAAUUAUUCAUUUCAUGUUUGGGUUUUCCGAAUACAAUGAAACUCCUUCACAGACCGAAAAAAAAAAUUAAAUUAAUUACGGGGAAAAAAAAUCACAUGACUAUCUUCAAAGGCCUAAGAGAUGAUUACCCGGGUUCUUAAGAGUGUUUCUCCUAUCAGUAAUGCAGAAAUUUCGUCACUUUGUCACUAUAACCAUGAAAACACCCUUAAAAGGUCCCACGCAACUUCAUCUAGAGCCUUUUGAAAGUAAACGGAACGGUGAAGAAAAUUAAUGUUUCAGAUUAAAGCUUCAUCAGAGGCCACAUUUGUGAGUGAACCUUUUCCACUACGUGCAACGGAGAUCAAUAUAUAUAUAUAUA